UUCAGUUGCAACGAACUCCCGCAACCUGCACCACCACAACGAAACCACCUUUCCAUUGGCAAUUCCAAAUAAACCAGCCCCCCUCCAGAUGGCAAACCAGGGCUACGAUGUGGUAGUCGACGUGGACGCCGAGGGCGACCUCGGCCACACCGACCUUCAGGAGGACCUUGAAUUCCACCGUUCGAACUUCGAGAACGACCCGCGCACCGCCAAAAUCCAACAAGACUCGACCCCAUUCCUAGGCGGCGGCGGAGGCGACCACAGCACCUCGCGCAGCGGCGGCGGCCGGCGGGACCGGUCGCCGGGGGGCACGCCGACGAAGCACACGUGGUGGACGAUCCACUACUACGCGCAAUUCUUCGACGUGGACACGAACGAGGUGCUGCGGCGGUGCGUGGCGACGGUGUACCCGCGCAACAACUUCCUGGACGUGCUGGAGGGGAACCCGGACCUGUACGGGCCGUUCUGGAUCGCGACGACGGUGGUGGUGAUUUUGUUUUUGACGGGCACGAUCUCGCAGUGGCUGAGCAACAACGACGAUGCGCACUUCGCCUACGACUUCACGCUGCUGUCCGGCGCCGCGGGCCUGGUGUACGGGUACACGGGCGUCCUCCCCGUCGCGCUCUGGGGCGCGCUCCGCUGGUUCGGCAGCUCCAGCGCCGACCUGGUCGAGUCGUGGGCGCUCUACGGCUACUCCAACCUCGUCUGGAUCGCCGUCGCCCUCGUCAGCUGGAGCCCCCUCACCGCCCUGAACUGGGCCCUCGUCGGCGUCGGCUUCGGCUGGUCCGUCUUCUUCCUCCUGCGCAACCUCUACCCCGUGCUCAGCGCCACCGACGCCAAGGCCAGCAAGAUCCUGCUGAUCCUGGUCGUCCUGCUGCAUGCCGGCUUUGCCUUGGCCAUCAAGAUCUUGUUCUUUGCUCACGGAAGCCCGGUCUCGAAGAAGAACAAGAGCGACGGCGAUGAUAACAAUGAUGGCAAGGCGCAGAUGCUCAUGUUCUAGGCUGGGAAGGGCUGUGGGGGAAAGACGGAAAAAGAAAACAUGGGCGUCAUUAGUGACCCAGGAAGUCACAUCUUAUCGAGAAAGCAGGAAAAGGGCCCGCAUCUAGACCCCAGUUCAGACGCUUGUGCUCAGGUAGCACCCAUGUCAAAGGUCCAUGACUUUUCCCUAUUCUGAAAAACGCUAUUUCAAAUCCGUUGUGGCGCGCGACAAAUGUUAAGUAUGUUUUCCUCUAUUAUUUGUUUCAACUUUCCCAAAGCGGCGCGACAGCACUGCGUGUAUGAUGUGUACCUUUCCUACUUUUCCCUCCACAAUAAAUCAAAAUGGACCAAAGGGAAUUUGAA